AUGCCAGAUGCCAAACUGCGUGCCAAAACUGGCUGCGCCAUAUGCAGACAACGCCGAGUCAAAUGUGACGAAGCGAAGCCAUCAUGUCGCAACUGCUCUCGCUUUGGCCGCAGCUGUUCAUGGCCCAAACCCGCUGAUAUGGCCGAUAGGAGGCAUCGCCGACGACGUGCGUCUCCCGCUCCUUCACUAUCCAGCAGCGACAGGCCGUCCCCACCAAAGACUGACGAGACCUCACACGACACGGCCCCGAUUCUGACUAACAGGACAACACUUACAACUGCCCACCAUCCCCUCUUCGAAACAGAAAUCGAGUUCGAAUUGACGCAUCACUUCUACAACAUCCACUUCAACUCUCUUACUCUCCCAACAAAGGACAAGUCAUAUUUUUUUCAGUGCCAGUCAGACCUGAUGGACAUGAUGACACACAACAGAUCUGUCAAAUAUGCUAUACUGGCCAACUGUGCUUCAAACAAACACGUCCUGAUGAGCAAUGACCGUUAUCGCCUCAUAGCCUUGCGAUACUAUACAGACGCUAUGAGAGGGCUGAAUCAGGAACUUGAGGACUUCUGUCCAUCGGACGCCUAUCGGCAUUCGUGUUUAUCAACAGUAGCAUCAUUUCUAUACGUAUACGACUUCUGGAGUCUGGAUGUAAUGUCAGACCCAAGGCCUCACGUUGUCGGGGCUGUGAAACUGCUCAGCUUGAAGAACCAAGACAACAGCUCAUUGAGGACAGCCAUUCAAAGCUACGACAGGGUCAACAUUGAAAGUGUCCUAUAUCAAGGCUUUUUGCUUUCUAUCAGAAGGCCUUUCAGACCCGACUUCCGACUUGACACAAACUUCCUCACUCAUGCCGAAGAUUUGCUCCGCUCAUACGACAACGCAAAUCCAUCCUCUGCAAAACCAAGCAUCAUACUCGGAGUACCUACAUCCCUGUAUCGACUCAUAUUACGGAUAAUCGACUCGUCAAAUGUCCCUCGAAGCAAUCUUUCUCAUCACCUACAGGGCUGGAAGGCCGAGCUGCAGUACUGGGAGCAGUUGCUAUUCGAUGACGAAAACAGCGAGAGCCUUCAACAUGGAGACUCACGCUUCAAUGACCUCAUGAUAAUUGCAACUUCUCUCCUUCUUGAUCUAAUCACCGAAACCCUGGCGUCAGCCCAUGACACAAUCUAUCCGGCAUCCUCGGCUGAAGAAUGGGAUGGGAAGCCAUGGAGAUGGCAACUCGAUUUGGCCAUGAGUAUUCUUCAAUGCCCCAAGGAACACCAAAAGUGGAGCGGUUGUUAUUUAGGAGCAUGGCCAUUAUUGAUACUUGGUUACGGCGCUAGGUCAUUAGAAGAGAUUACCCUGGUAAAGGACGUCUUGAGAAAGAUGCAAGAACGUAUAGGAUAUGGCGAGGUUCAGAGGAUACGGGAUGAAUUGGACGAGAUUACUACGUACAAGAGCUCACAAGUUUGGGUAUGUUAA